AUGGGCCGUUGGGUGGGCCAGCUAUUUCUAUCUGAAGUGUUAUUAUUAUCCAUUUAUUCUGGGGAAAAAGCAGGUUUGCUGCCAAGCGGCAUACUUUCCAUCAGCCCAUGUAAUUGCUGGGUGGUGGAGAGGUAGAGACUCUGGUUUUACAGCUGGAAGGAGGGAGCAUGGCCAGGGUGUGUGUUGGGCGGCAUCAUUGUGUGCCCAACCAUGAAUUCCAGGUUUUGCAGGGAUGUGGGCUCAGCUGUGUAAGCAAAACCUUCUGCCCAUUCACCCCUCAGCGUGGGCAGUAGGAAGGAAGGCAGGUAGCCAAGAUUCAGGUAGCUCAAGGGAUGGUGAGCUGGCCCAGAGGUGCAGCUGUGACAGGAUUCUAUUUUUUGAAUGUUUGUUUUGAUUGCCACACAGAUGUGGGUCAUGCGAAGACGGCUGAGCCAACUUUGGCUCUGCUCUAUGCAAGCCCACCUCGGAGCUGUACAGCAAAACAAAGCUUUUACUGCCAGGACCUGAGGGCUAGACUAGCUGCUGAGGUUCACUGGAGCAGGAUGGGUUUGACUUCUGGCAUGGAACAGUUGUUCUGGUAGAGGGCAGACCCACAAGACACACUGUGCUGUGUUACUUGAACUGCCUCUGAAGGAGCAAGAUGAGGAGGUUUAUGCCAGCGUGGGAGGGGGCAGCACAGAUGCAUCCACUGCUAGGAGGGAUUUUCUUGUAGUAAUCUUAGACCUCCCAUCCUGUCAAGUUUUCUCCAAUGCCUCUAGACAUGUAGUAGAGGGAGACCCGAACUUAAACUCUCAGAAAUUCCAUCAGGCACUUUGUGGUUCCUUUCCUCCUGCGGCACCUAACUAGCCCUAAACCACCACACAACUAAGCUUUGCAGGCCAUGAGUUCUAACAAGCGUUCACCGGGAUAUUUCAACAUGGAUCCAGCCCUUUUGGGAUUGGACUGGCUUGCUCCUGUGCUCAGCACCCCAUGCUGGUGCUGUUGUGGUGCUGGUUGAGUAGAGUCGCAAGCUGCUCUGAAGGCUGCAAGGCACUGAGAGGUCAGGGCAGAGCCCAUUUGGCCUCACAGUUGAAGACGGAAAUGGAGAAGUGAAACUAUACACAUGGUCUGUUCAGAACAGGUACGUGGGAGGAGGAAGGGCUGGGCCUCCCCAACAGCUGCAGAAGUGAAAGGGCUCAGAAGAGAAGGAGCAUCAACCUAAUACUGAGCCCUUAAAGGACCCAGAUCCAAAGCCCAGCUCGGUCCAUGGAAGGGCUACACAUGAUUUCAUCAUCCUCUGAAUAAAGACAGGGGGUUUGAAGUGGUCUUGGCUAGUAACAAGGGUGGUGGAUUCCUGUUCCCACAACCGUUCUGUGAACAGCUGGACUUCCUGGCUGUGCUUCAGUGGUGAGUGACUGACUAUAGGCUUCUCUGCAACAUGGUGAUAGUAGUAAUGUGAAGUUUAAUGAGCACCUGCAAAGUCGUGUAGCAGGGGCUGCACUCAUGAGGCAUCCUGGGAGCCAGAAAGGUUUGCUGCAGCCCGAUCCUGAUGGUGCUGAGAAGCAGGAAGAGCUUUGCCUGUGGUGCCUGCUUGGAAGGAACUGCCAUGCCCGUAGGAAUCUUGCGGGUGUGCCUAGUGGUGAUUACAGCUAUCGUCAACCAUCCACUGCUCUUCCCUAAAGAAAAUGGCACUGUCCCCGAGAACACGGAAGAAAUCAUCCAGAAGAUGAAGGAGCGGGAGGAGACCCUUCGGCUGGAGCGGCUCCGCUUAGAGCAGGAAAUUGCAGAGCAAGAAGCCACACAGAAAGCUCUGGAAAAGGCUGCAGAGGUGGUGGAGGAAAUCAAAGAGGAAAAGGUCCGAUGGGAUAUGUGGACUGCCCUUUCCAUGGUCAUCUUCCUGCUGAUUGAGGUCUGGAGGCAGGAUUUCCAGGAAGGGAAUUGGCAGGACAUGGGAGGAGAAGAGGAUGACAUGGCAGUCCUGGGGAAAGCAUUUAAAGGAUUGGCCUUCCCUGACAAGGCCAUCUUGGCCAGCUUCUAUGAGAAGCGCAUCCUGGGUACCACUGGAGACAUGGCCAGGAUGCGGGAGAUGGUGGAAGGCUUUGCAGAUGACCUGCUGGAGGCCUUGAGGAGUGUUUGUAACCGGGAUGCUGACAUGGAAGUGGAAGACUGCAUGGGUGUAGGGAGCAUGUAUGAGAAUUGGAGAGUGCGUAAACCUUUUGUCUGUGAUCUGAUAGUGCCUUUUGCCCCACCAGAGCCAUACUGUUUUAAGUCCCAGAUCUGGUGCUCUGGUGACUCUUUUCCCCCAGAUGAACAAGGUUAUGGCACUAUCAAAGUAUGCAGGGCAGAUGAGGAUGUGACAGGUUGCAUCUGUGACAAGACUAAAUUAGGGGAAGAUAUGCUGUGCCUCCUCCAUAGCCAAGCCAAUACUACCAGGCCCAGCAGUGAGAUGGAAGACCUCCUGUGCUUCAAAAAUACUCAAUAUCUGGAUGCUGACCAAGUCAUGAAGUGGUUCCAGAUCGCAGUCACUAAGGCCUGGAACAGAAUCUCCCACAAGUAUGAAUUUGACCUUUCCUUCAGUCUCCUGGACUCACCAGGAGCCCUGAAGAUAAAAUUUAAGUCAGGAAAAUCGAUUGCCUUCAACCUUACCCCUGUGGUGCAGUAUGAGAACUCUGAUGUUUACUUCAUCUCUCAUUUCCCUCGGAGCAGCCUGGCAGUGGACCUCCCUUCCAGCACUCACUGGUUUCUCACCUUUGCAGUGUAUGAGAGGAGGUUCAUCCAACUGGUCUCCAAAACAUUGCCUGCCAACGCCUGCCAUGUCAGCUGCCUUCAGAUCCUCUCCUUCCUCCAUGGGAAGCAGUGUAGCCUCACAGGUCCAAGUGGCCUCACCAACUACCACCUGAAGACAGUGUUGCUGCAUCUCCUGCAGGCACGUCCCAGUCAGGACUGGGCCCCAGAGAAGUUGGAGACCCGUCUACAGGACAUGCUGAAAUAUCUGGAGAAAUGUUUGCAUGAAAAGAAGCUCUACCACUUCUUCAUUGGCAAUGGGAAGGUACCAGCGGAGCUGGGCUUCCCCAUCAUAUUCCAGAGGGCUGAGCCUCUCAACCUUUUCCGUCCCUUUGUGCUACGCAGGGACAUUUACAGGAAGACAGUGGACACAUUCCACGAGAUGCUCAGGAAUACAUCUGCACUGAUAAAUGAGUACACAGUCCACAUUCCCCUUGCACAAACCAAUGGGAUCCGUAAGGAAUCCCUUUAACUAAAGCCAGCAGCGAAACACUUGUUUCUCCGAGCACAAGUCCAGAAGGCAGCUUUCCGAAGCUUCCUGGAGACAACUGACUUUUCCAGUACAGCUUCUUGUCUGCAGCUGAACGGGUCCUGGGCCAUGGUUUGUGCAGUAAGGGAGAGGGGACGGGGGCAGGAUAGGGAGAAACUGGAAAGUGUAGUAUAAGUUUCUGCUCCACUGCUAUGCUGACUGGGUUUUACGCAGCUAAGAAUGUGUUUUUCUGUUGUGCCUCAGUCAUGCUGCAGUGGUAGUGAGCAACAAAUAUGACUAAUUUAUUCAGACGCCUGCAAUGCAAACGGUGGUGAUGGCCAAAUACUUCCUUUCCUUAGUAAGAGAGGGAUAAGAAAAGGGUGGAGGAAUCGAACACAGGAUCUUGGGAUGGCAGGAGCCUGUGUGCUUGCAGACAGCUGAUGCUGACAUGGGGAAGAGGAGGGUCAUACACAGGAUCUGGACUGGAUGAAGAUCUUCGGAUCAAUCACAGCUCUUUACAGAAACUGUAGUUAAAACAAAAAGCCUUCUUAUUAGGACUUGCAGCAUUAGUUUAAAUGGCUUGUGUUGACCUUCACCCCUGCACCCUGCGCAUUUCUUCUGCCUGGGGAGGAUGUGGCACAGCAGGCAGCAGAGUCUCUGUCUUCAGACUAUUUCAUUGGAGUCUUCCAUUUUCUUCAUGGUGACGUGGCUAGUGGGUUAUAUUCUGGCCAUUAUCCAUGGGUAAAUGGACAGGAACCAUUUUUACCUUGGGUAAAAGAGCCUAACACUGUUACAGGGUUCUGGCAUUUUGGUUUAUUUGUUUGCUUCCUUUUCCUCAGGGCAGCAAGGCUGAGAACAGCCAAGAGAGAAAGGGCUGCUACAGGUUUUUCGUUCAUAAAAGCAGCAGUUCUCCAAAAUUAUCCUGUAAUGAAGCCAAUCUCAACAGUCUGGUAGCAGGAGGGAACAAUCACCCUGCAAAUGAGAGUGUGACUCUCCUAGCAGGGUUUUAAUGAGGCCAGGGCUAGCGUGAAGGCUCUGAGUUAGGAGGAGGAGAUGAAGGGGGUGCAUAUGUAGCAGAGCUUGGUAGCGCUGUCUCUGCAGCUGCCUUGUCGUCUGUGUUGCAUCCCGUCUGCUUCCAGGCAAUAGCUACCCAUUUGCCUCCAUAUAGGGUCUCCUCAAUUAAACACUGCUGCUCUGAUGAGGCUCUGAGGAGCUGCUGCUAGUAGACUGCAAUUUGAUGAGUUGGGGGUGCAAUGGGAAGAAGACUGCUUCUGCAGGCUUUCAAGCCAGGAGGGUUAAAAAAAUGCAAAAAUAGAAGUGCCUGAAUUCCCUCAGGAAGCAGCAUGUUAGUGCCAUGCCAAGGGGCUGCUGGAGGAGAGGGGUCAGUAGCUCCUCACCCUCCUUUGUGUGCUUCAUGUAGGAUCCAAGCCAGGGGCCUUAGUGAAAAUCUUUGUGCUGCUCCUGGAGGCCUGGCUAAGGAGCCCUUCCUAUCGUUUUCUUUCUCUAGGGUUUCCUGCAGUGUUUUAGAUUAGGACUUCUCUGAAUCCUGUUGUUCUGGGUGGUGAGACACAUCAGGGAUGAUAUCACCAUGACUUCAUUUGUCUCUUUUUAUCAGUCCUCUCUAUCACAUGCAUCAGAGAGAAGAUUUUUGUCUUGUAUCGCUACAAGGGACACUGUACAGCAUGAGGCUCAUUUUCCAGCCUGUUGAUAAGCAGCCUCUCCAUAGGCACGUCCUUUCCUCCCUUUUGCUCGUAAAAAACAUUCCACCACCUCCUUGAUGUCUGCUUCUAUCUGUCCCUCCACCAGUAGAGAAAGCUGUAACUCCUGUUUCCGUGCCUGUUUAUAGGAAAACACGGGUGGGGACGGGGAACUCUCUGCUCAAAUUGCUGCUCCCCAUGACUUUUAUCACCAAAGUUAUAGGGAGGUUAAGUAAUAUUUCUGGGCAGAAAAGGAGUAGGAAGCAAAAUGGGAGAGAAGAGGCUGGUGGGUAAUGCCGGUCGGAAGGAGUCUUGAAUCUUGGUGCUUGCUUCAGCACCCUUGGCCAUGAGUGCCCGGGAGACUGCCAGGGCUGGCAGAGCAGCAAGGCAGGACUAAUUGCUAAUGCUGACAACUGCUUGUAAGCCCCCGGCUUUCCUGAAAUCAAGAAAGCCUUCCCCAGUAGGAAAGAGGGCAGGAACAAUCUCAGGGGACACGACAAGCAGGUAGCAACAAGCAUAUAUACAGGGUGGGUGGGUGAAUACUGGAGCCUGGAGGCUAUGUUGGAAGCUGUGUAAGUUGUUUGCAAACCCAAGCAAUUUGCUGGUUUUACCUGCUCAGAUUUACCACACCGUGCCUGUAGCAGAUCCAGCUUUGCAUGGGCUGCUGGCAGGCAGCUCGUGCUGAAGCAGUUGUGGUUGGAGUUGCUUCUAAAUGUGUUCCCAGCCCAGCCAGAGAGAAAUACAAAUUUCUCUGCUGUUUCCUGUCAGCAACCUAAGUUUAGACUGUCCAAAGAACAGAAACAAAUUUGUGACCCAGGUCUCUCAGGAAAUGACAUUCAGGGUUGAAAAAUAGCUUUUAUGUAAGGUUGAGCAGGGGAGCAUGAGAAGGCUGUUGAACAGAAUAAGGCAACUCCCCUGUUAAAAUGUCAGAACAAAGCUUUGUAACUCUGGUGCUAUGGGCUUGUAAACAUGCCUUAACUCGUCUUUACACAGCUCCCAGCACUGCUGCUCAGACUCAAAGGGAACCUAAACUCAUUAGCGGAUUGAAUCUUUUGCUCUUCAUUUUCUGUAUUUGUGUGCUUGUGUUCUCCUAAGUCCAAACUGACCCUGAAGUGUUCCCAUGGGGUUUAGUUGAACCCAAGCUGGAGCUGAACCAAGGAAUUUAUGUAUUUGAUUCUCCAGAAAGCAAAUUGCUUGGCUUGAUUUUCCUACACGCAAUAUGUUCAUUUUGCCCUGAGCACCUUUUAAGAGGUCUGUUCUCUGCGUUUAGGUCUAUUCACUGUGAGGGAACCCACUCAUACCUCUCUGGGGGAAGAAGUACUCUAUGAUUGCAAGCUGUGCUCUAGUAAGCCUCAGGGCAGAGGUCUUCUUUGUAAGCCAUAAAUCAGUAUGUACAGCAGAGGUAUAUCUGUGUCACAUCUGAGAAGAUGUGGGUGCACAGUGUUUCUCUGGAUCAGACCCGUGCAGUGGUAAAAGGAGAUGCAUCAUUCCUCGGACUGCCUGGUCUCUCCUGUAUUAAAUCUUUGCCCACUGAGUACUAGCCCUGUCAGUAAAAGGCCACACUCACUUUUGAUAAAAAAGGUUUAUAAGACAGGUCAGCUCCAUCAGCUGUCAGCCACUAAAAAUGUCCUAAGAGAUUUUAGUGCUGCCCGUGUUUAGUUCUGCCCUGACUGAAGUCUGGCUGAGCGUUCUUAGGAAGCAGCUUGCGAGGGUGCGGGUGGAAGUGGGGUUUUGUGGUUUAAAGUGAAUAACGUUCUUUAAACCAAAUAGCAUAUGAGAUGUGAGCAGCAAACACACAACAUCUCUUUGGUAAUGCCCAGAUCCUAAAGAGAGGUGAUUCCAGAUCCUAAAAUGAGAGAUUUUAAGGAAAGGUAAAGUGCCUGUCCAGCCCCCCUUUUCUUGUGUCUCAGCGCUGUUCUUGCUGUUUGCUAACCAGGUGAAUUUAACAGAUGAACUCUGGUUGCCAACCACUCCCUCCACCUUCUACUUGUGGUUUUAAUAUUUUACUAUAGGCUCCGUCAAAGCAAUGGAAUUAGUGGUGGCUUGAUAGCAACCACUGAUCUACAACAUUGCCCCAGGAGCCAUUUGCCUUUAGGAAAUGUCUUGGUCUAAAGUUAUUAUUGUUGUUCAGGAGCUGAAUGUUUUCUAAGGGGAGCUUUUGGGAGUUCGCUCUUUAGUAUGUGGCAGCCACAGAAUAUGGCUUCUCUCUGUGUUGCUCUGUAUACAGGUUUUAUGGGGGUAUAAAAAUGUAUUUCAGCAAAGGAAUCCAAAACUUAUCCAGUAUUCAAGGAGCAGGAUUUGCUGCUUGUUUAUCCAAUGUUUUUAAUGAAAAGUCUUUGCAAUGUUUUCUCUGUGGUGAAGGAAUGAGAAUUUAUCCACCUGUAACAGCUUAACUGCUGGUUAUUGAGGGGUUAGUUCUCACAGGAUACUACAUAGCAAAUAGCUUUAUUUAUUACUUGUCUUUUUUUAGGGUUGGUGUGUGUAAUAUGUUAUCUCAGAAUUAAAACUGUAGUAUGAAGAUCAGUCUUGGCAAUGCAGCUGAGAUGGGCAAUAACACCAAAAAUAUGCCUUCCUUGAUGGACAAUGCUGUACUUAAAACCGCUGCUUUUAUAGCAGGACACUGUUGAAUUUCUAUAGAUCUUCUCAUGCAGCUUUAUUUAUAAUAAAGGAAGUCUUGUACAAA